AUGCAAGAAGGUGAAUCACAUGACAAUAACAAAGAUAACCACAAUAUUAUGAACGUGGAACCAAAUCCUGUAGAAGAAGAGGAAGAUAACAAUCCAUUCCAACACCAAGGAUUAGCCAGCUUGAUUGCUGGCACUAACAACGAACAACAACCACCACAACAGUCAAUUGACACUACCAAUGAACAAGAUGACAAUGAUUCUUUAUUGCUAUUCAAUUCUGCUUCUAAUGGUAACAAUGGCACCGGAAACAAAAACGCAAAUAAAGAAACCUUCAAAUCCAUUCAAAUGAACUUUGAAAGCAGAGUUGGUAAAUUGCUCAAGUCAAAUCAUAACUUAUCAAUACAAAUAACAGAAGCAGGGAAUUCAAAUGAAGGCAUGACCAACUCAUCUAAGAAAUAUGUCGUGUAUACUAUCAAAUUGGUCGAUUUAGAUAAGCCUACCAACCAUGAUGACGAGGUUAUCACCAGGAGACGAUAUUCUGAUUUUGAAAGUUUAAGGGAUGUCUUGACUAGAAUAUUCCCAUUGUUGAUCAUUCCCCCCAUUCCACCCAAAAAUUAUUUUAAUUUGGGUAUGUUGAUAAGCCUGUCUGGAACAGCAAAUAAGCCAAUGGGAACAGGUGGAACAAGCCCCGGGCAUCCUGGGAGUAGUGGCAGCGGUGAUGCUUCCAAUUCUCAUAAGGGCAAGGGAGCCAAUAAUAACAACAAUAGAAACGGGAAACCCAAUUAUUCAUAUAUUAAUUCAACCCAUUUAACCAAAAACAAACUAAUAGAACAUCGCAAAAGGUUAUUGUCCAAUUUCUUAAAUAAUUGUAUCAAAAUUAAUCAAAUUCGUCAAUUAGAAUUCUUUGCUAAAUUCUUAGAUUCGAAUGCAAAUUGGACGGAUGAAAUUGCCUUGAUAAAUUCUCAAUUACCAAAAUCAAUUUAUCUACUGAAUCCGGAAAAUGCCUUAAAAACCGAUUUUAAAGUUUAUAGCCACUUGCCAAAUCCUGUGAGUAAGAAUACUUUAGGAUUAAAGAAAUUGACAGGCAAAUUGUUCGAAAGCAACGGUUCCUCGCCGCCCCCACCUGUGCCAGCACAGUCAUCACAAGGUGGUGAUGCUAAUGGUAACACAGAAGGAUCGCCUCCGGUGAGUAACACGACGGAUGCUAAUCAAUAUAUCUUGAAUACUUCCGGAUUAGACGAUUUAAAUAAACGAAUAAUGGAUAAUUUCAUGGGAAUAUCCAAUGACUAUACUGAAUUAGGAAGUUUGCUAAAUUCAUUCUCCUUGGUAUUAGUCGAAUCAAAACCAAAACAAGAAGAAGAGGAAUCAGUAAAACUUCAUAUUAUCUUAGACAAACUCGGACAAGUGUUUGAUCGAAGUUAUAUAACCAUAAACACUCUAAUUAACGAAUUGGAAACUAAGUUCAGUGAACCUUUGGGUGAGGUUGUUCAAUAUAGUGAUAUUUUAUAUGAUUUGUUGAAGUUCCAUCAGAGAAAAUAUCGACAGCAACAGUUAUUAAAUGAUGAAAUUGCAUCCAAGAAACGUGAUUUGGUAGAAUUGGAAAAAUUGGAGAUGGAAUCAGGAAGGAUCGAGCUGGCUAUCAAUUCUCAUGGAAUUUCGAAGAACAAUAAAUACGAUUUAAGUCCAUCAAGACUGCAACAGCAACAACAACAACAACAGCAGCAGCAGCAACAAGAGAAGAGCAACAAAGGAAAAUUCAAGUUCCCUAGUUUUAGAAAAAUAAGUCAAUAUGUAUCAGAAAUCAUCGAUCAAAAUCCAGAACAAACACGAAAACAAAAAAUCGUCAAUUUGAAUGAAAAAUUGGUGAUUUUUGACAAAUGCCAAAAGAUAAUGUUGGAAGAUUUAUCAUUUAUAACUGAUGAAAUCCAUAAAAAUAUCGCCAGUUUCCAUAAUUGUCAAUUAAAUCAAAUUUAUGAAAUCUUGUUGAAUUAUAAUAAAUGUUUAAUCCAUUGGGCAAAGAAGAAUAUCGACAUUUGGGAAGAAGUACGCGAGGAAAUUGUCAAGUUGUAG